AUGCCACCAGACUUCAAGCGGCACAGGAGGGCUGAUUCGGGCUCGGGGCCGGCGCCUGUCGCUGCUGCGCGCUUGGAAAAGAGACCACGCACGUCUCAAACCGACCAUCCUUCUCCACGCUACAAGGACUCGGCGAACGAGGUCAAGUACGGCAUUGUCCUGCGCAAAUACUAUCCUCCCGAGAUGACGAAUGACCGGGCGCGCGAAUACAUCGCCGGCAGCAUCGAAAGACCCAUCGAGACGCUGAACAAGGCCGUACAGGAGACGCAGACGGAGCGCGACAAGAUCCCCGUGAACAAGUGCGUGGUGCACUGGUUCAAAUGCGACACGCGGACGUCGGACAACAAGGCACUUCAUCUCGCGAGCGAAAAGGCAAAGACACAUCGGAUCCCGCUGAUCUGCCUCUACCUGGUCUCGCCACAGGACUUUGAAGCCCACCUCACAGCACCCGUCCGGGUGGAUUUCAUCCUCCGCAACCUCCAGGCGCUCAAAGACGACCUGGCCGAACUCGACAUACCCUUGUACGUUGAGACGGUCAACAAGAGGCGGGCAUUGCCGUCCAGACUGAUGCAACUGUGCGACGGUUGGGGUGCCCGGCACGUCUUCUGCAACAUGGAAUACGAAGUGGAUGAACUGAGACGAGACGCGUCCCUGGUGAGAUCGUGCUUGGAUCGCGGCAUCUCGUUCAACGUGGUGCAUGACACCUGUGUGGUCGAGCCGGGAAAGUUGUCCACGGCAGCUGGUGGGCAGAUGUCGGUCUACAGUCCGUGGCACCGCAAGUGGUGCGCGUAUCUGAAUCAGCAUCCACACGAACUGGAAUGCUACGCGCCGCCUACCCAGAACCCAGCCAACACGAGAGCAAAGUAUGGCGAACUGUUCACAUGCCAGAUACCGGAAGCGCCUGCAUCCAAAAGCCUCUCUGAAGAGGAGAAGGGUCGGUAUCGAGCGUUAUGGCCGGCAGGAGAGCGCGAGGCCCAGGAGAGGCUGAGAAGGUUCAUCCAAGACAGAGUCGGAUCUUAUCAUGACACGAGGAACAUCCCUUCGGGCAACGGCACGUCCAUUCUGAGUCCGCACCUGGCAGCUGGAACAAUAGCAGCGCGCACGGUAGUGCGGGAAGCACGAGAUGCUGCGCCGAACAAGAAGUUGACGGACGACAGAAAACAGGGUCAUUCGAUGUGGAUCGGAGAGGUGGCUUGGCGGGAUUUCUACAAGCAUGUUCUCUGCCACUGGCCGUAUAUUUGCAUGAACAAACCUUUCAAGCCCGAGUACAGCAACAUCGAGUGGGAGUACGAUCUUGAGCAAUUCCAGAGAUGGACAGAGGGCAAGACGGGCUUCCCCAUAAUUGAUGCCGGCAUGCGACAGGUGCAACACAUGGCAUACAUGCACAACCGGUGUCGAAUGAUUGUAGCAUCGUUCCUCGCCAAAGACUUACUGAUAGACUGGCGCAUGGGGGAGAAGUGGUUCAUGGAACACCUGCUCGACGGGGACUUUGCGUCGAACAACGGAGGGUGGGGGUUCAGUGCCAGCUGUGGUGUCGAUCCGCAGCCGUACUUUCGCAUUUUCAAUCCCCUUCUUCAGAGUGAGAAAUUCGACCCGCAGGGAGACUACAUUCGCAGAUGGGUGCCCGAACUCGCCGAGAUCAAGGACAACAAGGGCAUCCACGACCCAUACAACCGUGGCUAUGAAAAGGUCGCAAAGGCGAACGGGUAUCCAAGACCAAUGGUCGACCAUAAGACCAGUCGCGAGAGGGCACUGGCCCGGUAUAAGCAAGGAAUAGGGAGGGGGACUGCAUGA